AUGGCUGCAGUUCUAAACGCCUUCAAGAUGAAGGAGUUCGACCUCGAACCUAUCUUCGAGGAGUGGAAGGACGGACCCGUAUUCACAGGCAAUACCAAGAAGGACCUUCCCGUUGAAGAGUGGUUGGAGAAAAUUAGGGAAGGUUGUGUCCAACGUGGUGUACCAGAGGAAUACUGGUACAAAGUCGCUCAGCAUUUCAUGGGACCGAAGGCAAAGGCGCGUCUGGUCGAGUUGAAGCAAGUCAUCGCUAAGGUCCACGGCGGAAAGUAUCGUUGGACCUGGAAAAAAUUCAAAGUUGCAAUGAUGAACAUGGGCUGGACGAUCGACAAGGAUGCGAAAGAGACGAUCAAGGUCCAAGGCCGCGGAAUGUGGUUCAACCGUAAAAAGGAUACCACCGACUCCAAGGAUGCUGCACCUCAGGCAGCCACCGAGGCUCGCAAGCCGCGGCCAGCGCCGUCUCGCAACAACACAAUCCGGAUCACGAAGAAGCCCAUUGUCGAAGAGCCGGAGGAGAUCGUCACGGAAGGUGCUUCCAAGACCCUCCUCCGCAGGCGACCCACACGCUCUGCAACCGUCUCGUCGCAAGCCAGCCUCGCGGGUUCGCAGAGGACUAGCGGAGAGGGCACGGAGAAAGCGGCAGGCAAAGUGAAGGAGAAGGAGCUCCCACAGCGGCCAGGGCACCAGAAGGCCAAAUCGGACAGCGCGGUGGCCACGAGGAAUGGCCGGGGCAAGAACAGGUCUCAUGAACGGUCGCAGACGGACGGCGAAGUGAUCACGACUGAGACGCAGGCGCCUGCAUGGCUGCUGAACGCAUGCUCCGCCCUCGAAUUUAUCACUUCCGAGCAUCCCAAGACCAUGAGCAUCAUCAGUGCCAUCCUCAUCACUGCUGGCUCCAUCCCAGCUAUCCCGGCCAUCGCUGCUGGAGCAGGCGGCGCUGUUCUUGCUUCCACCACCGCACAUGCCAUCGGUGCUAUCGCUGUUGGUGUCGGCCAGGCUUUGGGCGCAACUGUCCAGCAAUCGCAGAAGAAGCAAGAGACUAGCAAUGGCAGCGGCGACAAGUAA